AUGACGAAAUGCACUGACAAACAAUGUACCUCUCACUUCGGAAUCAUCUGCACCCACCAUCAAUGGCUCACUCAGCUCAGCUGUCUCAGCACUGAAUUCUCCCCGGAUGUCAUCCAAAGUUAUUUCGCAUACUGUCAUAGAUCGAUCCUCGCCAAAGCGCAGUUAUAUCAAUGGAUUCGCACCAUUACCGGUCGAACGUGGCUUGUCGAUAUCGGCGACUCUAACGGACUACAGAUCCUCUCCCCCGCCUCGCUAGCUGAAGGGUACGCAGCCGUUGACGUGAUUGACAAGGCACCAAAAUGUCUGACCGACUCGAUUUCUGCCUCGUCGAUGGAGCCAUUCCAACAUGUCGUAGCUUCCUGCGGCUUCACGGGCACUACCAGAGAUACCGGAAAUGCAGCUCGUCCUUGGGAGUAUAGUGAAUCUCUACGGUCUAUGAUAGCUCUGGAUUUUGAAACUGCUGGUUACGAUCUCAUAUCGAAUCAGAUCAGAGAUGGCGACUAUUUCGACAGAGAUUGCUUCUGCAGCACCUUCACGAUGGAUUUUAAAAACGAACCCUGUUCAGAGUCAGGAGAGUUGGAUUUGACGAAAGAGCGCCUCUGGAUGAAUGCCACCUGUGGAUCGACGUCCCUACCCGAUAACUGGAGACACGCACUGAAAACCACACAAUUCGCGUACAUUCCCAUCGAUAAUUGGAACUGGCCCAAGUGUGUUGCGGAUAUACCGAAAGAGGUGAUCCAACUUACUGAUCAGUGUGCAACCGAUGCUUGUGACCUCGACUCAAGUGGUUACUGCAAAGUCAGGCGUGCCGUUGACAGGGCAUGCUUUUGCCGCAACAUCAGCUACAAUUCCUGCGGUGGUUCCUGCCAGAUAUUCGAGACCCGAAUAGACUAUAUCAAGUGGCUACGCGGUCUUUGUGACAAUCUGCAGGACUGGAACGGUCUGCCAGCUAAUUGGCGUCAAUUAGCCGCUCCCACCGCUAGCGAAAUGAUUCCAUGGGAAUGGACUCUCAUGCCAUCUAUUGAUUCGGAGGCAUGUGCAUCGAGUGAAUGGAAGCUCGGAAGCUUUGCUUUAGUCAACAUAGCUACUCUACUUGCCGCAUUCCUCAGCCAGAUAACAAGCAGGCAUCGAAACGCGCGUGGUUCUUCAUGGCAGUCACACCCAUGGCAUUGGUUUUCCAAGGGUGUUCUGAUCGCUGGUCUGCACCUCCUGACAAACUGGUUCAACAGCUUGAUCAUUCAGUCAUCUUCUGGUUACGAGAACACCCCCGUUAUUCAAUUGACACUCCUCUGGUGCUCCAUGCCUCGUCUUGCUUGGCUGAUAAUGCCGCUAAAUGGUCUACAACCCAUCGAAGAGACGAGGCUCUCCGCAUUUGCGUCUUUGCUACUUGCGGAAGGUGCUCUCCAACUUGCAUCAUCAUAUGACAUGCUCAUGACCGUCGACUAUGGUCGACAACACAACUUCUACUUUGGAGGUUUAGAAGGAGCAGACAGAGCCGACCAGGCAAAGGUCAUGUAUGCUGGAGCACUCAUGUGGCUUGUUGUCGUUAUCAUGACACUCGUCCAAUUCAUGCGAGCUAUGCGUAACCUGAACAGGCCGAGUAUGUCUGAUCAUCUCCGCCCAACAAGGUGGCAGAGGUACGAGCAUGCAACGACAAAUGCCACCACAAAUGAAGCCUACCGAACAUCACGAGAGAACCAGACCUAUCACUGGGCACAAAAUGAUAUUAACGCACAGAACACACCAUUAACAAGUCCUGAGCGAGGAGACUACAGAACGUAUGGCACGAUUUAUGGUACUUUCUCUGUGAAAGGACGCCACCACGUCGUUUUUCAGAAUCCAAUUCAGGGCUUGUACGCUUCCGCAGUCAUGAACAUGUUCCUUUUCUGGGUUGCGCAGUGGCUCUUCUGGGCUGGUCUCAUUGGUCUUAUGGCGGAUGAAUUCUGUCCUCCUAAGCAUGGGAUUCUCACAGCUGUCUGGAUUGUUUCCUCGUUCGUAGGUACUGUUGUUUCAAUUAUCUAA